AUGACGCAGGCAGAGCGUCCCGAGACAUCUCCGUCUUCUUCACUGCGUGAUGGUGACAGCGUGCAAGAGUGUUUUGCGUUGGCCCCACCGAUGGUGACUUGCCUGGUGCGUCACAUUGAUCGUGCGAUGGCAGAGGUUACCACCCCGCCCAUUAUUGAACGCUGCGUUGUGGAGCUCCAGUCUUAUUUCCAACCGCACAUUGAUGCCAGCAGGGUGGUUGAAAAUUGUGUCCCUGGUAGCAAACUGCAGCUGCAGUUUGGCAAGGCGAUGGAUAUAAACGCCGGCACCAGCUCUUCGCUGCUCCAUGUGUACAUCCUUGCCGUGGAUCAGCCGUACUCGCGGCCUCGUCUAUUAUCGCACGUCGUGAAGAAGUGGCGCACUCUUUUAGAGGGCCUCGGUCAAGAAGGAAGUGCGUUCGUGAUGUUGUACCAUCAGGACCUCGUUGACGCGGCGAGCUUCAGUACACAACGGGCAUCUGGUUUGCCCGGUGACGUUCAUGGGGCGAAGGAACCGGAUCAAAGGAAGGCGGAUGCUGCUGUGGC